AACAAACACUUGUUGCAUAUUCCGCGGUGUUUACAUUAUUUUUGAAAGUCUGCAAAUUUGACCGCCGGAUAAUGAGUAAAGGCCAGGAAUUUCCACUGAAAGUGGAGAGAAACUCUAGUUCUUCAGCUGAAUGGAGUGAGCACAGUUCUUCGUCAAGUUUUUCCUCACAUUCCUCGUAUACUGGAAGUGAUGACAGCUAUAUCCCAGACUGGGAGCCUUUUGUAACCUAUGACGGGCAAUUGUUCUACCUGGAACUCAAUCCAGCUGCUCAGAAUCCGGCAAAAGAACAAAAUGUCGUGAAUACUUUGGCUUCAGUCCGGAACGCAUUUGGCAGGGUCAGUACUCGAAGAAGUGCCAGGAGUUCAGGGAUUAGCAAACUGUCAAAGCUCAUCUCUCGUCGUGCGAAAUUGCCGAUGCCUCAGGUGCCAAGUGGAGAGAAUAAAGUGACUUUCCGGGAGACAUCAACGGGGCAGAUCAAAGAACUCACUCUUCCAAUUGAUCCUGCUCGAAGGCACAAAUUCGGACGUCGGACAUCUGUUAGUGAAUCCCUCCUUGGCAUCGCCACUUGUCCCUUUCCGGACGGAGAGCGCGUUAUGGUGGCUGGAUUCUCAUCAGCGCAGCAGAGUGUCAAAGUUGGUGACUGGAUAAAGAAGAUUGACGAUCAAGAGGUCACAGUGACCAAUUGGGAAGCUAUUUUACUGGCAUACGACACUCCCACGGAUGUAAUACUGACCCUCCAACAAACAGCCGAUGAGAAACCAAUCGAGGAGUCUCUGGAAUCUCUCACAAAAUUCUUCAAUCUCUCAAUGUUGGCAAAUAACUUGGGAAUCUUGUUUCCGGGCGUAGUGACUGAGGAAGAAGAGGAAGAGAUUUUUGCAUUGCUCUACUUGACGAUGAACGGUGAUACUGGUCCUAUAAAUCAGGACACAUUGUUUUGCUUCCCGGAGAAGGAAAAGAACAGCUUUUACGCUACUAGGGGAUCCUUUCUUACGAUCAACUCUCUCCUGGCCACAGAUUUCCAAGCUCAACCUCAGGUUACUACGCUAGACAUCAAUGGGAAAGUCUUUUACGUUGUUUACACACCGUUCAACCAGGAUUUGUUGAUAAUGGCUCUUUCUUCCGACUGUGGCAGUCAGGAAGAAGCACUAUUUCUCAAUCAUGAAAUUCAGAGAGCUCUGGAAUUUUCCUAUCGCGUCCUGCCCAGUGCCUUUUCGGAAGCCAAUUUGAGUCAUCUUCGUGAUCUCUGUCAGAUCAUCGAAUGGAACAUUCGACUUCGUCGUGCUCGAGGCGAUUGCUUUGCCUUCGAGGAAAUUCUGCGUGAGGUACACCUAGUACCAUUGCCCAAGGAGGCUCAGCUGCGUAUAGAUGAUGCCCUCAGCGAGAUGGAAGCAAUGGAUUAUCGAGAGUGGAACUAUGAGCCAUUGAAAUCCCAUCGGGAAUUCUAUAUUUUGGGCAGUGCUGUCUUUUUUAAGGGUUUCCUACUGUCAUCGCAUCUGCCAGUGGCUGAUCUCAUUGAUCUCAAUGCCUUUCUGAGACUUCAUGGGCUGCCACGACUUCUGGCUGAACAAAGUGUCAAGGAUUGUGUGCUGUGGAAGGAGGUCUUCCUCAAGAGCUGCGAUCGUGGCUUGAGUGUCAAUGGGAAAAUCUAUGGAAUUCCCACGGGAAGGUGGUUUUUGAAUGUCGUAGCUCGUGGACAGAUGGCCAUUGCGGUCCUUCUGGAAUCGAGAUAUGUUGAUGCCAGCCAAACCACUAAGUUCAUUCCACCAUCGCCGUUCUACGUUGAAGAAAUUCAGGAUACUCUGGAACAUUUACGAAGUGGCGGAAUUGAGACACUGGCUGCGACUUGGAUUGCUUCUAACCGAAGACCACAGUGUGUGACAAAUACUCUUCGGGAGGAGUCCACACUACCUGGUCAGAGUACUUCGCAGGUUAAGAAAAUGGAAUUGAUUUCCAUUCUCAAGCGAAAGAGCACUUCAAGUGAGAAUGUGGAUGUGGCCAGUAGUCUAACCCCGAGUGAAGAUUCGCACAAGAAGGAUGAUGAUGAGAGUGAUAGCGACUGGGAUGGAUUUCCGGAUAGUCAGAAGAGUAGCAGUGGCUUCGAUAUGUCCGAAACGGAGACUCUGCUGAAGGAAGUGUCUGACAUUAUUCCAAGUCGCCUUACGAGUGGCCACAGCAAUGUUCUCUUGCACUAUGUGCAGCUGGAGAUUGGCGAGGGCAUUCUGCUGGCACCCACAAAUACUCAGAACACGGAACUCAUUCGCACCUUCAGACAAACUUGCUUUCUGAUUCACACAGUUCUGCAGAACACUAUCCGCUUCAGGCAGUUGCUGUCACAGGAAACCAGCAAACCUAACUCCCACCGUUCCCUUGUGGCAAUCAAGGAACACGGAGUCCUGCUCAGGAUGCACGGUACUGACUUCUGGGUCAUUGGUAGACUCUUCCUGGCCACUGGAAGGGAGACCUAUCUCUGCCACGUGGCAGAUGUGCCUCAAAAUCUCGUAGAGAUCGCUUUCAGGUUGACUCUAAAUGCUGCCGGAUGAGUUCCGGACGUCGCAAUCUCUUUAAAUUAUUUAUACUCAAAAGUUUAUUCCAUCUUACAUUUUUUAAGCAAUAUUUUCAUUUUUUACUACUUUUUAUUUUAUUUUAUUUUUUUUUAAAUUAAAGCUGUCACAAAUUUUUACACUAUAUAUAUUUUAAAUAAACUGAAAUGUAUUUUUUGUAUUAUAUAUUAAAUAAUAAAAUUUUAUAUACAAUUUCA